AUGCUCGACCCGAAGGAAGAAGAUCUAGAGAAACUCGCCGAGACGUGUCUCUCCACGGCCCGCCAGAUCAAAGAAUAUCUCGCGGCCAACAACCAGCCGCCCUUGACGUUCGAUGCGGAUGGUCCUGCGUUCUUCCCGUCCGCGACGCCCGAGGUUCAACAUGCUCGGCUCGACCUGCGUGCUGCUGCGAUGAGACUGUAUCAUUUGGCAUCCGGGCCGGACGAGGUCGUGAGCUGGCAUGUUUAUCAUUGUGCCCACGACCUCAACGCCUUCCGCUACGUGCAGCACUACAACAUCGCCUCCGCGGUCCCAACCACUUCCGGGGCCAGUAUCAGCUACGGGGAUCUCGCGCGCCAGCUCUCCCUCGACGCAAGCCAACUCCGCCAAAUGCUGCGCCAGCUCAUGACGAUCCAUGUCUUUCAAGAACCAUCGCCCGGACAGGUCUCGCAUACAGCAUCCUCGCGACUCCUGACGCACUGGGGCGUCGGCGCAUUCAAUUCUUUCGUUGCAGAAGAUACCUUUCCCGCCGUUGCGCGGCAGAUCGAGGCUCUCGAGCGAUGGGGACAUGGUCGGCCUGAACCGAACCGCGCCGCGUUGAAUUUGUUUUAUGACACGGAUCUGCCUAUGUAUGAGUACUAUGAAUGUGAUGGUCAGGUAGAGACAGAACCAAACAAGGAGAUUGAUAGUACGAACAAGAGCAACAACAACAGCACCAGUACCAGUACCAGCAUGAACAAACCCGACAACGACGACACCACCACCACCAACAAACCUACUCCCUCUGAUACCAUCACUCCCUCAACAACCACAACCUCUUCCUCCUCAACAACAACAUCCCGUCGCGAAAGAUUCAGUCGUCUAAUGACCUACAUGGCCAGCACACCAAUCAUGUCCAACGCCCACAUCGCGCACGGCUUCGACUGGUCCUCCCUCCCCCCCGGCUCCACGGUCGUCGACAUCGCCGGCAACGUCGGGCACAGCGCGAUCCCAAUCGCCCAAGCAAACGCAACCGCCAAGAUCGUCGUGCAGGACCUGCCCAAGAUCGUCGCUCGGGCCGUCGACCCCAGCACCAGCGUCAUCCCGCCGGAGCUGCGGCCGCGCUUCACGUUCAUGCCGCACGACUUCUACAGCCUGCAGCCCGUCAGGGGCGCCGCCGUGUACUUCCUCCGCAUGAUCCUGCAUGACUACAGCGAUCCGUAUGCUAUGAAGAUUUUGAGGGCUGUGGUGCCGAGCAUGGCGCCCGAGUCGCGCAUUGUCAUUAUGGACCAGGUCAUGCCGCCGGCUGUCGGGCUGGUUCCGGAUCCCGUCGAGCGCAUGAUGCGCACCCAGGAUCUGCAGAUGAUGAUGUUGACGAAUGCCAAGGAACGCGAUGCUGGGGAGUGGGAUGAUUUGUUGCGUAAGGCUGGGGAUGGGUUGGUUGAGGGGGUGUUUGGUCACUCUGGCCUUCAAGGCAAGAGGAAGAGAUUGGGGAUUAUGAAUAUUCAGACUCCGCCUGGGAGUACGAUGAGUUUGAUCGAGGUGGGGUUUGUUGAUGAAGGAGAUGAAGAAUGA